AGUGCACGAGGUACGACGGGAAUGACGGAGAGGACGAACGCUGCUAGGACGAGCUUGUGUCUGUUGGCACUGGUCUGGCUCUCCUGCGCCAUCAGCUGCAAGUUCCUCGCCGCCGCGCAACCGGCACCUUUGAUGUCGGAUUUCACGUACGGGGAUCUCGUCGCGGGGGAUGCGGAAAGCGUCAUGUUGCUGAACCGUCUGAAACAAAUGACGGAGCAGAAGCAUCGGCUGGUCGAACAGGAGCACGAGAUCACCGACGAACAGAUCAAGAUCGAGGCGAUACUGCAGGCGAAGGCGAUGGAGCGUGGCCAGUCGGACUACCCCGUUCCGGAGGAACCGGAACAAGAAGCAGAACCGGAACCCGAGCCGGAAGCGCUGCCAGCGCCCGAGGCGAUGGUCCACCGCGGUCAGCAGCAGCCGUCAUCCGGCAAGAGGAAGCCGAACAGCGGCGUCACUUGUGAGAUGUUCGGCAGCUCAAGAUGGCUCGUUAUAUUGGGAGUGCUAACGGCAGGACUAUUAGCUGUGUUCGCCCAAGCCAAUUACAAUCCUCCGGAGAGAUUGGUCGGCAUGAAUCCUUGUAUCAGUAAACAGACGUGCCAUGAAUGCAUACAAACCCCACACUGUGCUUGGUGCGCCGCACCAAAAUUCACGGAAAAGAGAUGCUUUCUUCCAAAUAUCAAUACCAAAAUAUUUGCAACCUGUCCUCCUAAUUUCACGUGGAAUCCGGACAAUAUAUUCAGCAUGUUGAGACACCGCAACUUAACGAAAGGGGGUUACGCUGUCGGUGGUGCUGGAGGAGGAUAUGGCAGCAUCGAAGGCUCGUAUUCUGGCUCAUCCUCUAGCUCGUCAUCCUCCUCGCACUUUCACAAGGAAAGUUCCAGCGGCAGCAGAAGACAAGAGGCUGUUCAAAUGUGGCCACAGGAGGUCAACUUGAAGCUUCGAAUAAAUGAAGCGUACAGAAUGUCCUUCGCUUAUUCCCAAGCGGAGGAUUACCCCGUCGAUCUCUAUUACCUCAUGGAUCUGAGUAAAUCUAUGGAAGACGACAAACAGAAAUUAUCAGAUCUCGGCCAGCUACUAGUCGAGAGCAUGAGCAAGAUCACGACCAACUUCCGCUUGGGCUUCGGUAGCUUCGUCGACAAAGUUGUGAUGCCUUACGUGAACACGGUGCCGAAGUCUCUGAUUGAGCCAUGUGAUGGUUGCGCGGCGCCUUACGGAUACAAACACAUCAUGAGGCUGUCACAAGACACAAGUCACUUCGCGGGAUUAGUGCGGAACGCGUCUGUAUCCGGCAACUUGGACGCGCCGGAAGGCGGCUUCGACGCCAUCAUGCAAGCCAUAGUGUGCAGAAAUCAGAUUGGCUGGCGCGAGAAAGCGCGCCGACUGCUGGUGUUCUCCACGGAUGCUGGUUUCCAUUACGCGGGCGACGGUAAACUGGGCGGCAUCAUAAAGCCUAACGACGGCAUAUGUCACUUGGACAUGAACGGCAUGUACACCUACUCGUCCCUGCAAGACUACCCGAGCAUCUCUCAGAUCAAUCUGAAGGUGAAACAGAACGCGAUCAACAUUAUAUGGGCGGUCACGGAGGAGCAGAUCAGCGUCUACAAACGGCUGACGAAGCACGUGGAGGGCUCGUUUGCUGGCAAACUCACGGAGGACUCGAGCAAUGUCGUAGAACUGAUCCGGGAACAAUACGACGCAAUUUCGAGCUCCGUGGAGAUGAAGGAUACCGCGAGCAGCGCGGUGAAAGUCAAGUAUUUCUCGAGCUGUUUGGGUACCGGACCGGCGAUCGAGACUUCCAAGUGCGAUGGCUUGAAAGUCGGCACGAAAGUGGAGUUCAUCGCGGAAAUCGAGGUUACCAGCUGCCCGGCCAACAGAUCCGAAUGGAAACAAAAGUUCGAUAUCUAUCCGGUUGGUAUCAACGAGACUCUCACGGUGAACCUGGAGAUGUUAUGCGACUGCGAGUGCGAGCGCGGAGGGCUCAUGUACGAGGAGAAGUCAGCAGACUGUAACGGCGUGGGUACGCUCAAAUGCGGCGUUUGCGAGUGCUACGACGGCUUCUUCGGCAAACACUGCGAGUGCAGUCCGCACCAAGAGAUGACAGGCUUCGACAGACAUUUCCAAUUGUGCCGGCCCGACAACACCACCCUCGUGGACUGCUCCGGCCGCGGAACGUGCGCCUGCGGCCAGUGCGAAUGCGAAGAGCGAGAGAAUCCGGAGGAGAUCAUAUCGGGACACUUUUGCGAGUGCGACAACUUCUCCUGCGAUAGAGAUCAGGGUCAGCUGUGCUCCAACCACGGUACCUGUGAGUGCGGCCAAUGCGUUUGCAAUGCCGGCUGGACCGGGCCAUCUUGCAACUGCAGGUCCUCCAACGACUCCUGCAUCGCACCGGGAACCACGAACGGCGUGUUGUGCUCUGGCCAUGGCGAUUGCAUCUGCGGUGAAUGUAUCUGCCACGAGGAGGGCAACACGAGAUACUCCGGCAAGCACUGCAACAAGUGCCCGACCUGCCCGAGUCGCUGCGAGGAGCUCAAGAGCUGCGUGCAGUGUCAGAUGUACGGCACCGGGAACUACAGUGAUCCGGAGGAGUGCGCGAAGAACUGUAAGGAAUUCGUGCCCGAGGGCGUCGAGACGGUGAUACUCGACGUGGACAACGACGAGGUGCUGUGCUUCGGCACGGACGAGGACGACUGCAAGUACAACUUCGUGUACUACUACAACGAGACCAACUGCCUGAAAGUACGCGCGCAGAACGACCGCGAGUGCCCACCGCAAGUCUACAUGCUGGGCAUCGUGCUCGGCGUGAUCGCGGCGAUAGUUCUGAUCGGUCUCGCGCUGCUGUUGCUAUGGAAGCUGCUGACGACGAUACACGACCGACGAGAGUUCGCUCGGUUCGAGAAGGAGAGGAUGAUGGCCAAAUGGGACACGGGCGAAAAUCCCAUCUACAAGCAAGCGACCUCCACGUUUAAGAAUCCGACCUACGCUGGGAAAUAAUGCAUCUCGAGGCAAAGGUAACGGGGGAAUUUUAGGAAGAACCGGGGCGACGCAGUCUCGAACGGUUUUUGCGACAAAGUUGCGCCGACUGACGGAUGGUGUGAUCAUCAUCUCGAACCUGGAGCGAACUUCAGCGUGAAGCGCGAAUGCUUCGGUGGUAAAUAUAUAUAACAAGAUAGCGUUUCAACGUUUAUAAUUAUUUAAAGGAUCUAAUUUAAUACGGUAUUUUUAAUUGUUGAGAUAUUUGUAAAGAACGACUUAAUACUGCCAUAUAACAUAGACUGUGUAUUACGCGCGUGUGCGCGUAGGAGGGAAGGAAAAAUACGCGCCACUUGAUUAGGGGCAACCGCGAAGUUGUAACUUUACAAGUUAUGUCUCGUUACGAUCAACGAUUUAAGAUCACGCUACUAUAGGCUAAUUUUGAUAUUCAAGUGCCUUUAAUAUUAUGACGAUGAUAUAUGCUUGCAUUAACCUCUUAGUUACCUUUGCAUUUUCUAUAAGAUAUAUUUACAUAUAUACAUACAUAUUCGUGAUGCUGAUGAUUAGCAGCAUAUAAAUCAGCGACUCGUUUAGUUGAAAAAUUUAAAAGAAGGAACAACAGCGGAUACAAAUAUUGUUGCCCUUUUUUUUGAGGUACGAAAAUGACUAUUAAAGAUCUUCCUAUAUUGAGCGCUUUCCAGUGAGAAGAUGAAUAGAUACUAUCCCGGGAAAAAAGAUCAUGUAUGAAAUUUGUCUCUAUGCCCAUAUGUGAUCAUAUAUGUCCCACAUCUAAAAAAUACUGUCAUAAAAAUAUAAUCGAAGCGUUUAUGUUUGUGGCUACCUAUGAUACGUAAACACUUAAUUAAAUCAAACUAUUUUUUCUGUUUGUCAUUCAACAGUAUUUUUAUUUCGUGUGAACAUAUACAAUUAGAUGUGCAGCCAUGUAGAGACAACAUUCAUAUAUAAAUCACGUAUAAUUAUGUAUAAUUUUAUAUAAUUAUAUAUAAUUAUAUAUAAACAUUUUUCCCGGAAUACCACACGGUGGACUGUGAAGCUCGCUGGAGUGUUCCCAUUAUAUCUUUUAUUCAACAACAUACCUAGAUCGAGCAUUCAUAUAGAUUCCUAUAGAAAAGGUUGUGCAAACUACAUUUAUUUAUAUUUUUCUAAAAAUUAGUUCGUUCGAUAUCGAUUUUUAUAUUGGAACUGAAUGAUGCUAGAACAAAAUUUAUUUUCUAUAUGCAUAUACACAUAUAUA